CUCUCUGCGAUCUCGUCCUCUUCCCUUUUCCCCUUCCGUCGGUUUGAUCCUUGGAAUUCAAUUGCGCACGAGGGCGAAGGCCCGCUCCGAUCGCGCGGGCGCAUAUGGCGCUCUCCGGCGACCCCGCCUCGCCGGCGCCGACGCCAGAGCCGAACGGGCAGGCGGAGGAGGAGGUGCGGGAGGCGGAGCUGUUUGAGGAUGCUGUGGAGGGCGAGGGCGAGGCGGCGGCGGAGUCGUCGUCCCCGUCAGCGUCGGCCGCGGAUGAAGCGGAAACGUUCGGGUCGCCCCGAGCUUCGGGUCAUGCGGCAAUUGACGGGGAGGAAUCGCGUUCGGUUCCUGAAUGGCGAGAGGAGCCUGGCAGACUGGAUACGGGAAGCGCCUUGCUCUCCGAACAGCGUGCGAGGGGAGCCGGGGAAGGGAAUUCGACGGCGGGGGCAGGAUCAUCAGCGAUGAAUGAUUCGUGGUCCAGGUCCCCGUCGGCGGCGUCUUCGCCCAGGCUGUCGGGUACGUCGUCGUCGUCACCGCCUGCAUCACAGAUCAAACAUCAGGCGCGGCACGUGCGGACCAGCAGCUUCCAGCGGUUCCGUCAGCAGAUGCAGCGUGCGUGGAAGUGGGGGCCAAUUGGGGGCGGGGGAGGUGCUGAGAGGAGCCCCAGGGAGCACUUGCUGCGCACCACAUUGAACAUUGAGGCUAUGGCGAAUCAGAAGCGGCAAUGGUAUCAAGUCCACUCCCAGGCGCGGGAUCUUAAGCAAUUCGAUGAACCAACUUCGCUCUUUGAACAUUUUUAUGUAGUUGGACUUCAUUCUUAUGCAAAUGUUACAGUCAUUGAGGAUGCUUUUGCAAAAAAGAAAGCUUCAAAAUCUAAUGUAGAUCAAUAUCAUGGAUCAAUACCAACAAUGGAACCACAGAUUCUUUUCAAAUAUCCACCAGGAAAGAGAGUAGAAAUUAAUGAGAGCGAUUUGCCCUCGUUCUGUUUUCCUGAAGGUGUAAAGGCUCGCUUAAUAGAGAGGACUCCAUCCAUGAGUGAUCUAAAUGAAGUGAUAUUUGGGCAGGAACAUCUGUGUCGAGAUGAUUUGUCCUUUAUCUUCUCCCUAAAGGUGUCCGACAAUGCCCCGCUAUAUGGUGUUUGCCUUCAUGUCCAGGAAGUUGUGCAAAGAGCACCUGGUAUACUAGGGGCAGUCUCACCUCUAAACCCCACUUCCUACAAGCCGAGUCGUUUCUUGGUUUCCGCACCACGUUGCUACUGUUUACUUACAAGAGUACCCUUUUUUGAGCUACAUUAUGCGAUGUUAAACAGUAUAAUUGCACAGGAGAGGCUUGACAGGAUAACACAGUUUGCCAGUGAAAUUGCUCUGGCACAGCCAGUCCCCCGUUCCUUGAAAGAACAAGAUCUAUUAAGUGGGGAUUUUGAAUCCUCAAAUGCUCUUUCGCACAAUGACUGGACAGAAUAUGCUGUACCUGUCAACAGUAUAUCAGGUCUUGUUUCUUCAACAGCGCUUCCAUCAGAACGAGACGUACAUCCAUAUUUAUUCAGGAGCUGGCAACCUAAUUCUCCUGAAAGUAUAUCUGCAAGUGAGACUUCAGAUUCUAGCUAUGCAAAAGAACUUGAUAAGGAAGGAAGACAUAGUUUCCAACAAUACGAAGACUGUAUGUCAGAGAACAUGGAAUCCCGUUGCGAUAGCUUUGGAAGAGCGAGUAGUACUUGUGAGGAUGGGCAUACUUCACCAGAUCUUCUGUCCACACAUUCUUCCAUCUCUACAAGAUUAGAACGGGCACAUAGCAUGGAGUCUUUACACAGUUCAGUCAAAGGUGCUGUGUCAGAUGAAGAAGAGGAUGAAGUAAAUGUAAAGAAUGAGAUUACUGUUGACGAUGACAAAGUUAUGGGAUGGGCUAAGACACACAGUAAUGAACCUUUGCAAAUCGUUUGUGGUUACCAUGCUCUUCCUCUACCACCUCGUGGAGGAGAAAUUGUCUUCCAACCCAUUGAACAUCUCCAGCCUGUUAAAUACUCCCGGCCUGGAUUAUCAUUAUUGGGGUUAGUUGACACAAAUUUGGACAAUGGUUUGACUUCGGCGGAAACAAAUAUGGUAAUUGUCGAUGCCUGUCUGGUUGCUGCAGAAGAAGCUCUUGCAUUAUCCAUAUGGACUAUGGCUACAGUUUGUCGUGCUUUAUCUCUGGAAACUAUGCUAGCGUUAUUCACUGGAGUUCUGUUGGAGAAGCAAAUUGUGGUAAUAUGCCCAAAUCUGGGUGUGCUGUCAGCAAUUGUUUUGUCGGUUAUACCAAUGAUAAGACCAUUCCAGUGGCAAAGUUUACUGCUUCCUGUUCUACCGAGAAAAUUGUUUGAUUUUCUUGAUGCCCCCGUCCCUUUCAUUGCUGGUAUCCAACAUAAACCCCCUGAUAUCAAGAUGAAGGUGUCUAGUCUUGUCAGAAUCAAUGUGCAGAAAGAUCAGGUCAAGGCAUCUUCAGUUCCUCAACUUCCACGUUACAAGGAGCUUGUUUCUGAUCUCAGUCCAAUUCAUGCUAGACUUUCAUGUGAGGAUGCUUUGGCCAAGAAACAUCCUAUUUAUAGAUGCAGUGAAGUUCAGGCUAAGGCAUCUUGGCAGUUCUUAAGUGUUCUGGGAACGUAUUUGGAGUCACUUUGUUCAGACUUGCGCUCUCAUACCAUCACCAAUGUACAGUCAGAUAAUGACAGGGUUUCUUUGCUUCUGAAGGACAGUUUUAUUGAUUCCUUCCCCUCGAAAGAUCGGCCAUUCAUGAAGCUCUUUGUGGAGACGCAGAUGUUCUCUGUUCUAUCAGAUUCUCGACUGUCCACAUUUGAAAAUGAGCACACACAAGGCUUUGUUUUUGCUGGAGAUCAAGACAAGUAAUAUUCCCUACUCUGGCAACAAUGUCUUCUUCUUGGUGUGAUCUCUAGAUGCAUUACGAAUGAUGAGCCAACAGGAAGAACGAAAACAAGGCACCUCGAUUGUGAAUGGAGGAUUAGACUGCCAGGCGGUUUAGUUCUUCCAUCAAUAGGGUUUGUCUGGUGUAAGUAGAUGCACAUUGGGAGAACCUGUCAUCAGAAGUAUAAUGCAACCCAACCCGGUUUUUAAAUGUGAUGAACCUGCCAUUAUAUAUAUGGGGCGGAAUAGAAAUGCUGCAAUGUUGUGUACUUGCAGUUCUUUUUUGAGUCCUUUCUGUGUCAUACAGGCGCAUAUAGUCAAAAGACCAUUGUAAGUAAAAUUAGCUUACCCAUUGCACAUACCCCUGUCUUACCUCUGUAAACUAUGGCUCUUUGAGUCCACAUCUAAGCUUGGAAACUACUCUUGACCGUUUUUGAA